CUCUAAGGACACAAAUCCCACUGUUGCCACUGUUUGAUAUUCUGCCAAUUAGUGACUAUUACAUUCAUUACCCAUGUUUGUGUUUGGCCACAAAGGACUCUCUUCUUUAUCCUCUACUUAUCCAUAAAAGACUAGCAUAAUAAAAUAAUCACCUUUCUUUACAAUUUGAAAUUCUUUUUGUCCAGAGAAAUUGGAAAUCAGCUACCAAAAUACUCUGAAAAUCAUUUAUAUGUCUUAAUUUCAGUUUUGAGACAUAAUAAUUUGGUUACUGAGUUUAGAAUAGAAUACAAUCUUUAAUGUGAAUCUGUUAACCAAAAAGAGCGUUAACCAAAAAAUUCUGUAACAGAAUUCUCUAUAUCUGUGAACAUCUUCAUAAGGUUUGAGCACAAAUUUAAUCACACUUACACUUUCAGCUUUACUUUUAGGAAAACCAAGAUUAUAGAUCAACUAAAGUCAUGAUUGCCUUCCAGAAGAGCUGGACAACAGACAACAAUCAAGAAUGAGAAACCGAACAGUAACAACCUUCAUCUUGCUGGGUCUGACAGAUGACAUUAGGCUGAAGAUUCUGCUUUUUAUCUUCCUGCUCCUCUCUUACGUGUUGAGUUUAUCUGGAAACAUAACCAUCAUCACCCUCACUCUGACUGACCCUCGCCUUAAAACGCCUAUGUAUAUUUUCCUCAAAAAUUUCUCCUUCUUAGAAGUUUCACUCACAAGUGCUUGUAUCCCCAGAUUUCUAUAUAGCAUAUCAUCUGGGGACAAGUCCAUUACCUAUAUUGCUUGUGUUGCUCAACUGCUGUUUAUAGAUCUCUUUGCAGUAACAGAAUUUUUCCUGCUGGCUAUCAUGUCCUAUGAUCGCUAUGUGGCCAUCUGUAAACCUCUGCAUUACAUGACCAUCAUGAACAGCAGAGUCUGCAGGAACUUCAUCUUCUUCUGUUGGGUAGCAGCACUGAUCAUCAUUCUCCCACCUAUUAGUCUAGGCUUGGGCCUGGAGUUCUGUGACUCAAAUAUCAUUGACCAUUUUUGUUGUGAUGCAGCUCCUCUUCUAAAAAUCUCCUGCUCAGAUACAUGGUUGAUAGAACAGAUGGUAGUAGUUGGUGCGGUGUUGACAUUCAUCAUCACCUUUGUGUGUGUUAUCUUUUCCUAUGUUUAUAUCAUCAAGACCAUUCUGAGAUUUCCCUCUGCCAAGCAAAGGAAAAAGGCCUUUUCCACCUGUUCUUCCCACAUGAUUGUUGUUUCCAUUACUUACGGCAGCUGCAUCUUCAUUUAUGUCAAACCUUCAUCCAAGAGUGAUGUAGCUAUCAAUAAAGGGAUUUCACUUCUUAUCAUAUCAAUUUCACCAAUGUUAAAUCCCUUUAUUUAUGCACUGAGAAACAAGCAAGUGAAGCAAGCUUUCAAUUACUCAAUUAAAAAAAUUGCAUUCCUCUCAAAGAUGUAAUAUAAAUUGAAGAGGACUAAACUAAAAGAUGAGUGAAUGAACACAACAUCUGAAGCUUUACUAUAUUUUUCUAUAUACUUGAUCUGUUUGUACUCACACUUUCUCUUUAAACUUGAAUAUUAUG